UCUCGACGCAUUAAAAUCUUUCGUCGAGAUAAUCUAAACAAAAAGUCACGUAAAAUAGUCGUGAUUUCUUUUUAUUGGAACUAUAGGAGGCCACAGUCACAUAAUAGACAAAACAAAUUCGCUAAUUAUUUGCACGCUCAAUUAAGAUUCGAUUGACAGUUUUAUUCCAUGGAUCUGAUUUCGUAAUAUAAACUAAAGGUUUUAAGAUUUUUGUACAGUAAGAUAAAACGAAGCGUAAAUUACAUCUGCUAACGGAAACUAAAGAGGUGAAAACGUCGUAACCAGAAAUCAUGCAUUCUGAUGAAUUAAAAGAACUAAAUGAAGAUCAUCCUAAGUUGAGUGUAAAAGAAAAAAGAAAGCAUAUUGCUCGACACCUUUGGGAGGAUUUUUUGGGAAAUUCAACAUUACACGGCCUUCAUUAUAUAUUUGAAAAACGUCCAGCAUUACAACGCUUUAUUUGGCUUAUUCUGCAAGCUUGUAUGUUUUCUUUGCUAAUAUGGCAAACUUCAACAAUUGCUCUGAAAUAUUUGGAAUUUGAUGUGACCAGUUCCAUUGAAUUGGUAACUGAAGAAGAAGUAAAAUUUCCAGCCAUUACAUUUUGUAACUUCAACAAAUACAGAAAAAGUUUUAUUAAAGACACAGACUUUUACAAAGUAAUUGAAAAAGCAUACCGUCUUUAUGAAAACGAGAACAACAGUGUCGAUUGGACAAAAUACCCCAAGUUCAAUGAUUUGAAUAUGACAGCAUUCAUUUAUAAUGUAAGCCAUCAAAUGGACUAUGACGAUAAAACUAAGAAAGGAAUGCUUUAUUAUUGCACAUGGAAAGGAGAAAAAUGCGAUAAAACAUAUUUUAAACGGACGUUGACGGACAUGGGUCUUUGUCACACGUUUACUCCAGAUAAAAGCAACAACAAUAAAGUAGCUGCUCCAGGCAAACAUUAUGGACUACAUCUUAAGAUAUCAGUGGAACAACCAGAAUACAUUGGAUUUCUCGAGUUUUCAGCUGGAUUAAAAUUUAGAAUACAUGAUCCAGAUGAACUUCCUCUGGUGUCAGGAUUAGGUUUUGCAGUAAUGCCAGGAUCUCAUGUUUAUGCAAGUAUUACACGACAAAGGACAAUUUCGUUAAAGUCUCCUUAUAAAACAAUGUGCGAAGAUAAAAAACUUCCAGGAGCGAAAAAAUAUACUAUUGCUGCUUGUUAUGAAGUUUGUAAACAGAACUACAUAGCAAAAUCAUGCAAGUGUCAACCAUAUUAUAUGAGAGAUAUAAAGUACAAGUCAUGUAACGUUAAAGAGCAUAUAAACUGUGUGUUUCCCUUGGAAGGUUAGUACCCAAACGAUGCAAUUUAACUGUUAUAUAUUAACACUAAAGCUUGGAAGUCUAUGAUAAGUAAGAGCUAUGAUAUAAAGGUAUGAGAGAACAACCUCUUUACACGAUGAGAAAUUUUUGGCAGUUAUCUAACCCUGUUAUAGAGAAAGAACGCAUUUGUUUUUGAAAAACUAACAGACUUUCACUGGCUUUAUAUUUUAUUACUCUCUGAUAUCUAAUAAAUUUUACUAAUCAAAAACAAAACGGGUGAUAACUUGAGUCAAGGGUAAUGAGAAUAGGAACGAGUUGUUGAGAGAGAAGAAGGAAAG